UUUUCCGUGGACGCGACAAGAUCUGGCAACACGCGGACGCAAUCUGUGUCAAUUGCUGGGCGACGAAGAGCGAAUAAAGGCCGUAGCCUAUUUCUGACUGGGGCUUAUUUAUAACGUGCAGACUGCUUUUAGGCAGACUUGUCUACACGGCGGGUUGAUGAUUUAUUUUCUAGCGUGCAUGUCGGUCGUUUAUUUCCCCUCGACGCAUAGCCAUCGUGUGUUGUGCGCCGCACUGACAGGUGUAAAGGUAAAGCUCCGACAGGAUGACGCCUUUCUCUCCGGCGGCUCCACGGAAAAGCAGCAUCACUGAGGGCUUUCUCUUUGUGUUCAAACGCUUUAUUCAAUAGACACCAGGAGACUCCAGACUGUGGGAAAUAAACCCGGCGCGACGCCCACUGACCGACAAUGAGGACAAUUACCCCUCUGGAAAGCGUUAUUUUUAAAAAUAGACAAUAAUAAUCCUCGAGGGGAAAGUUAAUUGGAUAAAGAGGUGGUUUGAUUGAAUCCUGUGAUGUGCUGCUCUGGUUUGGAGUGAACGGCUCGUCGUCCAGGUUCAUUGGGAUACACAGAUUAUCAGGAGGAGCGCAGUCUGUCUGGUGGAUAAAGAUGGUGUUUCGGAGUGAGGAGAUGUGCUUGGCGCAAUUGUUUCUGCAGUCCGGCUCUGAAUAUGACUGCAUCAGUGAGCUGGGAGAGCUGGGGCUGGUCGAGUUCCGAGAUCUCAACCCCAGUGUCAGCUCAUUCCAGCGGCGUUUUGUCAGCGAAAUCAAGAGAUGUGAGGAGAUGGAGAGGAUUCUGGGCUACCUUCUGAGAGAAAUCCAGAAGGCUAAAAUAGCUAUUCCAGAGGAAGAUGAAAGCCCACUUGCUCCUCCACCCAGACAAGUCCUUGAGAUCAUGGAACAGCUACAGAGGCUGGAGAUGGAGCUCAGUGAGGUGGCAAAGAACAAAGAAAAACUGCAGCGGAACCUGCUGGAGCUCACUGAGUACACACACAUGCUGAAGAUCACGCGGACCUUCAUACACAGCCGCUCCAGACAUGAGGCUCUCGGUCCCCAGUACGAAGAGUUCCCCACUAUGGACACAGACUCAGUCACUGGAUGCACUGGUAUGCAAAGACUUGGAGCCAAGCUGGGCUUUGUUUCAGGACUCAUCCAGAGGGUGAAAGUUGAGGCCUUUGAACGCAUGUUGUGGCGAGUGUGUAAAGGUUACACCAUCCUCAGCUACGCAGAGGUGGACGAAAGCCUUACUGAUCUUGACACUGGUGAAAUAAGCAAAAGUGUUGUAUUCCUCAUCUCAUUCUGGGGAGACCAGAUUGGACAGAAAGUUCAAAAAAUCUGCGAUUGUUACCACUGUCACAUAUAUCCUCACCCCGAGAAUGAUGAAGAGCGCGCAGAUGUGUUGGACAGCUUAAGAACACGCAUCCAAGAUCUUAACAAUGUGCUUCAUCGCACUGAGGACUACUUGAGGCAGGUUCUGCUGAAGGCCUCAGAGUCAGCAUACACCUGGGUUCUCCAGGUGAAGAAGAUGAAGGCCAUCUAUCACAUCCUUAACCUCUGCAGCUUUGAUGUUACCAACAAGUGUCUGAUCGCUGAGGUUUGGUGUCCCGUCAGUGACUUAGCAAACCUGAGAGGAGCGCUAGAGGAGGGGUCGAGAAAAGGUGAUGCCACUGUGCCAUCGUUUGUGAACCGCAUCCCAAGCACUGAUACUCCACCUACCCUACUAAGAACUAACAAGUUCACAGCUGGGUUUCAGAGCAUUGUGGAGGCUUAUGGGGUGGGGGACUAUCGCGAGGUAAGCCCAGCUCCCUACACCAUCAUCACAUUCCCCUUCCUGUUUGCUGUGAUGUUUGGGGACCUUGGACACGGGAUGAUAAUGAGUCUCUUUUCCUUGUGGAUGGUGCUGACAGAGAAAAAGGAGAAGAAAAAACGAUCCAGUAAUGAGAUAUGGGCAACAUUUUUCCACGGCCGUUACAUCAUCCUGAUGAUGGGGAUUUUUUCUAUCUACACUGGGCUCAUUUACAAUGACUGCUUCUCCAAGUCUCUGAAUAUAUUUGGCUCUGCAUGGAGUGUUAAGGCUAUGUUCACAAAUCAGCACUGGACAAACAAAACACUCCGAACAAAUGCUCUGCUCACAUUGGACCCUAAUGUGAGUGGUGUCUUCAAUGGACCUUACCCACUUGGCAUUGAUCCUAUGUGGAACAUGGCGGUGAACCGGCUGUCCUUCCUCAAUUCAUACAAGAUGAAGAUGUCUGUCGUCAUUGGGGUCAUUCACAUGAGCUUUGGAGUGGUGCUGAGUGUCUUCAACCACUUGCACUUCAGACAGAAAUUUAACGUCUAUUUGCUAUUCGUUCCUGAGCUGCUUUUCCUGCUCUGUCUCUUUGGCUAUCUGGUAUUUAUGAUUUUCUACAAGUGGUUGGCAUUCGGGGCCCGCGACUCCAACCAGGCUCCCAGCAUCCUCAUCCACUUCAUCAACAUGUUUGUCAUGCAAGGGAAAGAUAUGGCUCCUCUCUACCCAGGACAGACUGGGCUGCAAAUAUUUCUACUUGUGAUAGCUAUGCUGUCCGUCCCUAUACUGCUGCUAGGCAAACCCCUUUAUUUAUACUGGCUGUACCGUGGAAGCAAAGGCCUGCGAAGACGCAGAGGUUAUGAGCGGGUUAGGCGUGUAAGUGAAGAUGACAAUUCCAUCACACCAUCCUAUGAAGAUGAUGAAGAAGAAGGACAAGAAGAACUGACCAACAGAGAAGCUCCUCCCAAAUUUGACUUCGCAGAUGUGCUCCUGCACCAGGCCAUCCAUACUAUAGAGUACUGCCUCGGCUGCAUUUCUAACACCGCGUCCUACCUCCGACUGUGGGCACUCAGCUUAGCUCAUGCUCAGCUGUCAGAGGUGCUGUGGGCCAUGGUGAUGCGCCUGGGUUUCAGGAUCACUACAAAAGUUGGGGUAGUCUUUUUGGUCCCUGUGUUUGGUCUCUUUGCCAUCCUCACCGUGUCCAUCCUUCUGGUCAUGGAAGGCUUGUCGGCGUUCCUCCAUGCUCUCAGACUUCAUUGGGUGGAGUUCCAGAACAAAUUCUACCAUGGGACUGGCAUCAAGUUUGUGCCCUUUGACUUCUCCCUUCUGCCCUCCGUUUUUGAGCAGGAUGGCUUGCUUUAAACCCUCUUAAGUAGUGCAUAUGCUCGGAAGUGCGGAUUUUAUAACAGGGCAGGAUGCUUGGAGCUGGAACAAUAGACACUGUGAUAAUGACAACAAACCUUCAAGACGCAGAAAUGAAACUCAUUCUUGUAGCAACGUUUUUCACCUUGAUGGUUUUUAAAUGUUAUCGACUCUGCUGACUGCCUUACUGCUGUACCCAGCGAACCUCUGAAAAUACAGAGGUGUAAAAUUUUUCUUCCAUUAAUUAUUUCCUUUUGUCAGUGAGAUAUUGUUCAGCACUACUUGUCAAACCAGCUGGGUGAAAUUCAACAUUUUAUUUGCAUUGUGCUGUGUAACUUAGUUUUGUAUUCUUUACAACAUUGUAUUAAAACAGUUAUACAGUGCAAUUUGAAAUCAAAUUAAAAUCAUAUAAAGCAUCCUAAUGUAGUGCCAUAGAGAUAUAUUUCUGAUGAUGAUAUGGGGAUGACUUUUUUUUCUCCCUCAUGGGAUGGAAGAAAAAAAAUAGCUGGCAUCAUUUGAAAACAAACAUUACAAACCUUUUGUGAGAUGUAUUUUCACAAAGCACUUUGCAGAAAUGAUUGUACAAUUUCAAGUUUUCACUAAUGACUGUGAUGAUGCCAAAUAAAAUUCAAAUGUUUGCUCAAUUACUUAUUAAUGCAUUUAUUUACUUGUAACCUACCCAGUACUCAAUAGAAAAGCAUCAAAUACUCCAGAAUAGGUCAAAAAGCUCUUGCUCUUUCUUUGAUUAUUCUGCUUAUUGUAUUUGUUGAUACCAUUUCAUUGUAUUUAUCUAAAUGAUCGUCCGCAAAAGAGUCCAAUAUUUUACCAUUCUGAUGUGUUAAAUAAAGGUUUCGAGAAAU